AACAGCGAUCAAAUGCCAUUACAUCUUCAUCGCGGAACGAAUGAAAAAAGAAGGCUGGACUCUGUACAAAGCGGCUUGGGAUCCUUUAGUUGAGUGUGGUCUGAAGAAGAUACAGAAAGGCCAUGGAGAAGACCGUUGUCCCUGCAACAAGUCAGGUCCCAAGAGCAAGUCCGCAAUAUGUACCGCUACUCUUCAGAGAGAGGUAGCCUUACAAGUGCCGCUCAUUCAAUCAAUCUUCACCAUCGACCUCAAUAAAGAACCCGCUGAAGAUUCAGCUGCAGCUGCCACUGGCUCAUCUCAACAGCUAAGCCCCAACUUGGAGUGCACACAGACGUUCUUGUAUCUGGUCUCGAGCAGAAUGAGGUGAGUUCUGCCCCCGAAGACCUUCAGCCCGGCUAUUGCUCUCGACGUUUUUAGCUCCUGUUCUGCUGCGUAAUAAUCGCAGCCUUGGAGCCGGCACACCGCAUCUCCUCACCACAUGCUCUGGGAUCUCUCACCACGCUAGCUUGUGCUCUACUUCCUCUCGUCUCUCAACAGGCCUGUCAUAUCGUCUUCACUCCUACUCUUACUCAUCUCACUUUCGACAACACUCAUCACCUUAUCUUAUCUCUUUUUACCUUUUCACUCGUCGACAUUCACCACGUUGCCUCUCGUUUCGUCUCUUCUUUACGUCACAGACCUGACAUCUUCGAGUCAACCUCUGCUGUGUCGUCUUAUCUUCACUGUCAGUUUCUCGCUCGAGCCUGAUAGAUAUCAAGAAACGGUCUUCUACUGUCUUCAUCCCUAGUUUACAAUUUCCCAUCUACGUCUACUUCUGUCCAAGUCCUAUUACCAGC